CCUAUCCGUCAUUGACUAUCACCACCCUUAGCAUCGAGACACCAUGGCUAGUAAUGCUUCAAUUCCUCCUUAUGACAAUAUGUUCUUGAUUGGUAUAUGGAUCCAGACUGCACUAGCAGGAAAAUCCUCAGCUGGAUUUCUGCUGGCGACUUCCAUUCUUUUGUUUUCAUUGUCAACAGCAUAUGUGUCUGUCUGUCUCCGCCAACUUCUUGAAGCAUUCAUUUGGGGCCCUCCUGGUGGUGCUAGUAUAUAUUUUGCCACCAUUCAGAAUUCUCUCUCAAUCACAAAACUGGCCUUAUAUGAAGUCAAUGUUUUUGGACAAGAUGCAAUUCUGAUCUGGCGCAUGUGGGUUGUGUAUGGCAACAGAUGGAUAGUUGUUGUCCUUCCUAUUGUAAUGGAACUUGCCCAUAUAGCAUCUGGAAUAUUCACUAUCCGUCGUGGUGCUCUUCCUCACAUUUCAGUCUUUGAUCUCUUUGUGCACCGCGGGGCCAUUGCUAAUUGGACCCUGGACCUUGCUGUGAACAUUGGUGUGACCCUAUGCAUUGCAUAUCGAUUGUGGAGUGCGGGCCGUGCACUUGAGAACCUAGGAAUGAAGAUGAACAAGCACCCAUACAUGGGUGUUAUAUUCACCAUUGUGGAAUCUGGUGGAAUCUUUGCCACUGCAACAUUGAUCACAGUCAGCUUGUAUUUAUCUGGCAAUGUGGCUUCUGUUGCAGCUAUUGAUUCAGUUGUUCAACUGGCAACCAUUACUCCACUUUUGAUUGUUGUACGGGUUGGCUUUGGUUUGCAACAUGGAGUUUCACCCAACACACUUAUAACAUUUGAGACAAACACUUCACAUUCACACACAAUCUCACAUCCACCAAAUCAAUUAUUGCGGUUUAAUAUCUCUGAAACCAGUAAUACAGCUGAUGAUACAUAUGCCCUUGCCCAAUUCAAUAUUGAGACUACAGAAAGUUCAAGGGGAAAUGAUUUCUAGGUACUUAUCUUCAUCAAUUUUAGUCUCAAGUUUUGGCAUUGAUGUGUGGUUAGGAGAAUUAGGAGGAUGUUUUAAUGCUGCCAUAGCCCUACAUUGAACUUUCUCAAGUGCAGUAGCUGUGUUAAAUCAUUUUAUUUUGAUUAUUUCUCUAUGUCCUCCCCCCCUUAGUACUUUGGUCUUUCCCAAGAGAUUGAGGCCACUAGUAGUAGUGGAAUGCACUACCGCUACAGCUUCUGAAUAGAGGCAAGGGGAAGGCAAUGAUUUUUCGAAGUCAUACUACAGAUAUAAAUAAUAUGCUAAUACAAGAGCAAAUUAUUUGAUUACAUUAUUCCAG